GUGCCAGGGGUGGGGUGGGGACGAGGGUGCAAACACAGUCUACAGGUCGCGGAAUGGAUCUAAACACACCUCACGAAACGAGGCGGAGCUGGGAUGGUAAAAGUAAGGGAGUGGCUGCACGCUCAGAUACCCAAAUGGAAGGCCUGUCUGAGCAGAACCCUUCGUCCCUCCAGUCCGGUCGUGCAGGGAGCCGCGCUGUGCCUUCUGACCUUCUGCGUCGUCCUCCCUCUGGCCUGUCACAAGCUGCUGUACUCUUACUACUACUGGAAAUCCCUCUACCUUGACUCCAUGAGCCAGGCAGCCCUGCAGGAGAGCUGGGAGAGAGGCCAGCAGGCUCUGCGGCACUGGCAGGCAGCCCCGGAAAAUCCAACACCAGGCUUCGUGCAGCAAGUAGGCCAGGGGGUGAGUGAUGGGGAGAGGGGCGGGCUGCUGAUCACCGUGGUGACGGCUCGGCGUCAGGAGCAGGGCCUGCAGUACCACUACCUCCUCCAGGUGGCGCUCCAGCUGCAAGGCCUGCUGGAGGCGUGCCCGGGCUGCGCGGAGGUGCUGGUGUGCAACGUGGAAGGGGUCCCCCGCGACCACGAGGACGCAGAGCUGUUGAAAAAGAGGUUCCGCGUGGAGGAGAAGCACAGGGAAUACCCGCCCCCCGACGUGCCGAACCUCUUCGAAAAGGAGAAGCAGGAUUACGUUUACUGCCUGAAACGGGGGCUGGAGGUUUACCAGCCCCGGGACGUGCUGAUGCUGGAGGACGACGCCCUACCCCUGGAGUCGCUCCUCCCCGCCCUGCGGGAGAUCAUGUCCCGUCGGUUCUACCACGGCGCCCUCUAUGUGAAGCUGUACCACCCGGAGAGGCUGCAGCGCUACUGGAACCCGGAGCCAUGCCGUAUCCUGGAGUGGCUGGGGGCCGGCGGGCUGGGCUCCUCUCUGCUCUGCCUGCUGUUGGCCUGCGCCCGGGGCAUGGCGCCCCGACUGGGACUCGGGUUCCUGUUCCUCACUCUCUACAUCAUGCUGGUCUGUGAGCUGUUUGGAAGGCAUUACCUCCUGGAGCUGCGGCGCCUCUCCCCCCAGCUGCUCUCCGUCUCCCCCGCCACAGAGUGCUGCACCCCGGCCAUGCUGUACCCCCGGGCCGCGGUGGAGAGGGUGGUGGGUUACCUCUCGGAGGUGACCUGCAGGAGGGGCCACGCCAAGGAUAUGGCCCUCUACAGGGCACUGAGGGACCGGUCCUGGGAGCGCGCCUACAGCGUGGAGCCCAACCUGGUCCGGCACAUCGGGGCGUUCUCUUCGGUCAGGGCGAGUCACCCGCAGCCCAGGCUUCUGUGAGGGAGAGGGGAGGGGAGACAGAGCGGGACGGACAACACUAAUAGAUUUUUUUCUUUUUUCUUUCUCGAGUUCGAAUAACGUACAACAAAGUGUUUCAUUUGUUGUUAUUGUUGUCUGUCGACCCCCCCCCCCAUUUCCUCUCCCUCCCCCCUCUCUCUCUCUCUCUCUCUCCAUGUGUCUCUCUCUCUCUCUCUCUCUCUUCAUUUACUGCAAACAGGCUGAACAAAAGGGAUAAUCCUGAUUCUGACUCAAAUGUUUUCUUGUGAUUGAACGUUAGAGCAAUCAUUGCCACAGAAUGGGCGUGACAGGGAGACUGGGAAACAGGGCCUGCCGUUUAAUAAACAGGGUCUGAGGUUUUAUAAACAUCAUGUCAUCAAUUAAUUAUAAUAAUAAUAAUGUUGUAUAGUGGGAUUAAACCCAGAUUCACUUUAUCAUGUUGAUAUGUAUCUUGAAACUAAAUGUAGCUCCCAGAAUAACUCCUUGAAUCUCCCUCCAUCCCUCCGUCACUUACCUCUGCCCCGCGCCUCUGCCCUCCGUCCCUCGCCUCCGCCCCACCCCUCUGUCCCUCGCGUCUGCCCCUCCCCUCCAUCCCUCGCCUCCGCCCCACCCCUCUCGUCCCUCCCCUCCAUCCCUCGCCUCCGCCCGCCCCUCCGUCCCUCGCCUCCACCCUGCGCCUCCGCCCCUCCGUCCCUCGUCUCCGCCCCACACCUCCGCCCCUCCGUCCCUCGCUUCCGCCCCGCCCCUCCGC